AUGUCAUAUUACCCAGGCCAGGGUCACCAUCAAGGAGGUGGAGGCUAUCCACCACCACAGCAGGGCUAUAACGGAUACGCUCCUCCACAGCAGUACAGUGCACCUCCACCACAGAAUUAUCCCAACCCGUCACCACAACCACCAUACAACGGGGGCUACGGCGCCCCUCCUCCACAGAAUUAUGGGGGCUAUCAGAAUGCAGGUCCACCGCAGCAGGGCUAUGGUGGCUACCAACAGCAAGGCCAAUUCGGCGCACCACCCCCCCCACCACAACAGAUGCAGAACUUCGGUUCGGGCGCUCCAAACGGAUACCAAUUCCAGUACUCCAACUGCACGGGUCGCAGGAAAGCUCUCCUCAUUGGUGUCAAUUACUUCGGUCAAAGAGGACAGCUACGAGGCUGCAUCAAUGAUGUCAAGAACAUGUCUACAUAUCUGAACCAGCACUUCGGUUACGCGAGAGAGGAUAUGGUGUGCCUAACGGACGAUCAGCAGAACCCAAUGAGCCAGCCAACGAAGCAGAACAUACUGCGUGCUAUGCACUGGCUGGUGAAAGACGCCCGACCAAAUGACUCACUCUUCUUUCACUACUCUGGACACGGUGGACAGACCAAGGAUCUGGAUGGUGAUGAAGACGAUGGUUAUGAUGAAGUCAUCUACCCCGUGGACUUCAGGCAAGCAGGACACAUUGUUGAUGAUGAGAUGCAUCGUAUCAUGGUUGCAAAUCUCCAACCAGGUGUACGACUAACUGCGAUCUUCGACUCGUGCCACUCCGGCUCGGCACUUGACCUCCCAUAUAUUUAUUCGACUCAGGGUGUACUCAAGGAGCCAAACCUUGCCAAGGAAGCUGGUCAAGGCUUGCUCAGCAUCGUGGGCCAGUACGCUCGUGGCGACCUCGGCGGCAUUGCUUCCACGGCGAUGGGCCUAUUCAAGAAAGCGACUUCAGGCGACGACACAUACCAGCGCAACUUGCGUACGAAGACGUCCCCGGCAGAUGUGAUCAUGUGGAGUGGAAGCAAGGACGAUCAGACCUCGUACGUAAACCUCAGCUUCCCUGACGAGCCCUCUUGUUUGCGCAUGCGGCAUGAUUCUUGCGCGUUCACAACCCCCGAGCUUGUACAGACCACCCCGGGUGGACAGAGUCAUAAGCUCGAUGGGUGCAGUGUGGCUGCAGGCUGGGCAUAUAUGCCUUUCCGCGACAUGCAGGGUAACAUUCUGGCUUGA